UUGACCAGUCUCCACCUGCCAUAUUUUCAAGCUGUGUCAUUCUUCUUCCUCAUAUCAUUUACUUCUUUCUUCGUCCCCAAUCUUGCAACCUUGUAACCGCCAUGGAUCCGUACCUGUAUGAGGCGGCAACGCUGGGAGAUGUCAGCUUCCUAAGACGAAUCAGAGACGGUGACGUGUUGUCAAACCAUGAUCUUCUCCUCCAGAAAACGCCUAAAGACAACAACAUUCUCCACAUCGCAGCCGAGUUUAGACAGAUUGAGUUUUUCAGACAAGUCCCACAUCACUACUCCCCUGCUCUGUUUUGGGCCGCUAACAAAAAGGGUGACACUCCUCUUCACGUGGCCGCUAGAGUUGGCUGUGAAGAAAUAGUUGACUUCCUUAUUGAUCAAGCAAGAGCUUUACACAUUGGAGGAGCUGAUGAGGAAAUCGGCCAACGGAAGCCGCUACUGCGGGUUACGAAUAUGGAAAUGGAUACGGCUCUGCAUGUGGCUGUGCGGUACGGUCAUCUUGGGGUGGUUGUUAUGUUGAUGGAAGCUGAUUCUGAACUGAGUUGUUUGACUAAUAGAGCAGAUGAGUCGGUACUGUUCUUGGCUGCUAGGAAGGGGUCUGCAGAGAUUGCUCUGUAUCUUUUAAAUAAGUCUCCCGUGUGUCCUUGCUUUCGAGGGACUAAUGGUGUGACAGCAUUGCACGCUGCUGUAACUCGCAGCAACCUCACCAGCAAAGGCAUUGUGAGGACUAUGGUGUCCAGAAAUCCUGAUAUGAUUAAAACAGUAGAUGCACUUGGCUGGACUCCCUUACACUAUGCAGCAUUUAGAGGGAACCUUGAAGCAACUAGAGUGUUACUGCAAUGCGAUAGUUCUGCGUCUUAUAUCUUAGACAACUCCGGAAUGUCAGCUUUCCAUGUAGCAGCCCACGCAGGACACACCAAAAUAAUGGAGGAGCUGCUUCGAUGGCGGCCUGAUAUUUGUGAUCUGCUGAAUAACAAAGGGCAAACGGCUUUACAUGCUGCAGUAUUAGGUGAACGGGUUAAUGUUGUGGAGUACAUUUUGAAGACGCCUAAGCUUGCAGCUAUUAUAAACGAAGCAGAUAACGAUGGGAACACUCCUUUGCACUUGGCUGCCCUUCAGCAAAAUCAUAAGAUCAUUAAAGUUUUGUCUGGUGAUCGUAGAGUAGACAUGAUUGCUAUUAAUAAGGAAUUCUCGAAGCCCAUUGACAUGUUUCUUGGUGACAAUGUUGGUGAACAGGAAACAAUUCGCAGUGGUAUGGUUUUGCACAACCUGGGGUGCUCUGUUGGUGUGCCAUUUUUCCAACAACAAGUCAGUCGAGACUUUGAUAAAUUGGAUUCCUUGGAUAAGGCAUCAGGGCUAGACAAGACCAGAGAAAACCAACAGAAAGCUCCUCCCGAUGAUCGUAAUGCCUUGAAAAGAAAUGACACCAAACUCCUUGUAGCAACGCUGAUUGCAACCAUCACAUUUGCAGCUUCUUUCACCAAUGUGCCUGGAGGGUUUAAAGACGACGGAAUGCCUGUUUUAUAUGAGAAGGCAACCUUCAAAGUGUUUCAGUUCUUCAAUGCAGUGUCCUUCUACAUCUCAAUUCUUGCAAUCUAUAACGAAUCAACGCCGAUAACUGUGUUGUCUAUCCAUCUACCAACACCAUCGAGUCUCAUUCAGUAUUCGAUUGCAGGAAUGGUGGUAGCAUUUUUUUCAGGCAUGUUAGCAGUGCAGCCGAGACACUACGAUGGAAAUGUGCUCGAAUUUUUAUUUGGUACCAGUUCGGUUGAUAUUCUGCUCGCGGUGAUUUGUGGCAUAUUAUUGAUAUUAGCUAUCAUUCCUGUGCUGAAGUCUCUGAUUCAAAUCAGCAGGGGACAGAGGAUUCACUGGCUCCGAAACCGUGUAAUUUAAAGGCGUGACUACUAAAUUGAACUUAAGCCUACCUGUACUAUAUCAGUUUUGUCUCUGCAAAAAAACCUAGAUCAGUUCU